AUGGCAAAUGAAGCUCGUGUGAUAAAAGCAUACAACAACAACGUCGUCGACAUUUCAAAAGCCAGUUUAGAUACUGGUGCUCGAGCGAUUCUCUUCCGUUAUCAUGGUGGGGAGAAUCAACUCUUUUUUGUUGAUCAAAGCAUCGGGUGGAUAAUAUCAGUCUUCUCGCGUUUAGCGCUAACUGCCGAUGAACAAGGAAAAAUCACACAACAGCGUUACUGUGGUCUAUCCCGACAACAGUGGGUCUUUGAACCCGUCAAUGACAAAUUCAUUAUUCGUCUUUUUGAAAAUCCAGUGCAAUGCCUCACAGCCACAAAUGAGUCUGAGAUCUGCUUGUCGUCAUACACAAACUCGCCAAAUCAGCUAUGGCUGAUCCAGUGA